AUGGGGAAUAAGCACACGUCUCUCGAUCGUGAAACUCUUGACAUGCUUCAGAAGAAGACGAAGAUGUCACCAAAGGAACUUAAGGACUGGUACAAAAGGUUUCGUAAACAGUUUCCUGAUGGACAAAUGAGUCGGUCUGAGUUCGCUCAGGUUUAUUCUGAUUUUUUUCCCGGAGGUCACUCGGAUGCUUUCGCAGAUAUUGUCUUCAAUAAUUUUGAUACAAAUGGAGAUGGUGCUGUUAAUUUCACGGAAUUUACUUGUGCUUUGGGGAUAAUCAACAAUGGAUCGGUGGAUGAAAAAAUCAACUGGGCAUUCGAUUUAUACGACCAAGACAAAAACGGUGUAAUCUCUUUAAGUGAAUUGACGACCAUGCUUAAAGCCCUCUACAAGUUGGUGGGUGUCCUUGACACAAGCCAACUGCCACCUGGUCAUUUAACUCCGGAGCAGCACGCAGCGGCCAUUUUUGAGAAGUUGGAUGUUAAUAAGGAUGGAACUCUCUCGCGCGAGGAAUUUAUACGCGGUACCAGUGGUGAUCAGAAUGUAAUGGCUAUGCUAAAAUUUACCGACCCUUGCUGA